GCAUUGUUUGAUUUAAAGUGAAGACUAGUACUAGCUGAAUUUCUUCAUACUUUUUGACAAAAUGGCCUUUAAACUGGAGGAUAUACCAAUUAUAAAUCUUGGACAAUUUUUGCUUCGAUAUAUGAAGCAGCAUGAUGGCAAUAAAGUGGCAAUGGUUGAUAGUACAACCGAGGAAAGUUUUACAUAUGCAGAAAUAAUAGACAGGACAGAAAAGGCUGCAGCUGGUCUUCAGAAAUUUGGAGUUAAGAAAGAUGAUGUCAUAGCUAUUGUGUCACCAAAUUGUCCGGACUACUUGAUUUCCUUCUAUGCCUCUGCUUUGAUAUCUGCUACUUUUCAACCUGUGAACCCUUUGUUCACAUCAGAUGAUUUGAAGAAAGUAUUUGAACAGUGUAACACAAAGUUUGUGAUCACCAUACCAGAACUACUUCCAAAAGUGUCAGCUGCCAGUGAAAAUCUCAGUAGCACUGACGCUCUUAAGGUGAUUGUUUUUGGUGAGGCAGAGGCUGCAGGGGGUCAUGUGACAUUCCAGUCCUUGAUAGAUUCUUCUGAUGGACAGUAUACGACCCCUUCUGCUGACCCAAAGAAAGAUGUUGUGGCCUUUAUGUUAUCUUCAGGGACAACAGGGUUCCCAAAGGCUGUAAUGAUUUCACACUAUACUAUUGUAGCAAACACAUUGAUAAUGCAUACUGAACCAACGAUUCCAAAAGAUGAUCACCUGGUUAUGUUCCUUCCACUGUUCCAUAUAUAUGGACUUUAUUUGUGUGGAAUGUACAGCCAUUUUGUAGGGGCAGCGCUUGUUAUUAUGAAGAAGUUUUCACCUGAUGAUUAUCUGAGACUGAUAGAAAAGUACAAGCCAAGCACCAUACACACGGUACCACCUAUAAUGGUAAUGUUUGCUAAGUAUCCUAAAGUGUCAGAGUAUGAUUUAUCCUCAGUGAAGGUUGCAAUAUGUGGUGCUGCCCCCCUUAGCAAGGAAAUAGAAGAUGUUGUGAAAACCAAGCUGAAACUACCCUGUAUUAACCAAGGAUAUGGAAUGACAGAAAUUGGUGUAACACAUUUAAAUGGGAAGGGCACGUUUAAAUAUAAAUCUGUGGGAAAACUUCUUCCUUUGGUAGAGAUGAAGAUAGUGGAUGUAGACACAGGCAAGACCUGUGAUGCAUAUGAGGAAGGGGAAAUUUGGAUCAGAGGACCUCAGGUGUGCCUUGGCUAUCUCAACGCACCAGAAGAAACUAAAACCUUCUUCACAGAAGAUGGUUGGGCCAAAACUGGUGAUAUUGGCUGUGAGGAUGAAGAUGGUUAUUUGUUCAUUGUCGACAGACUAAAGGAAUUGAUCAAAUAUAAAGGUUUCCAAGUAGCACCAGCAUCACUGGAAGAUGUUUUGCUGCGUCAUGAUGCUGUUGCUGACACUGGUGUUGUCGGUUUACCGGACGAAGAUGCUGGAGAGCUGCCAAGGGCUUAUGUUGUGAGAAAAGCAGGAAAGGAAGUUACUGAAGAGGAACUUGUUGAAUAUGUCAAUGGUCUAGUGGCUCCACACAUGAAACUCAGAGGAGGUGUAGAGUUUGUCACGGAAAUACCAAGAACACCCUCUGGGAAAAUAUUACGUAAAACAUUGAGAGAGAAAGCAAAAGCAUAUAGAGGACAGAAGCCAGCUUCAUAAAUCCGGAAAUUGGAUUAUAAAAUGUGUAUUAUACUUGGAAUUACAGGACAUUUAGACUUUAUCACAUGAAGUCAUGAUCAGCAUUCUGAAUGUAAACACUAAAAUUGAAGAAACCUGUGUCUUAGAAAGGUAUUGUAAAAGAUGUUUAAUAAUCAAAACCUAGUAUGAAAAUUAUAGUACGGAACAAAAAUACUUAAUACUUCUAUAUGUAUGACUAGUAUUUUAGUAAUCAGGUUUUAUACAGAUGAGAUUACAGUAAGUGAGUUGAAUGGUAGUUGUUUUAAUUUUCAUACAAGUUUAUUAUGCCCUCACACAUUUAUGUGGGGAGCAUAUAGCGUUGCUGCUGUUCGUACAAGUCCGUACGCUCGUAUGUCCGCGCGUCAGUCCAUCUGUCCAUCACACUUCUUAUCCGAAAUAUAACUCAGAAAUUAUUGAAGAUUCCAAAUUGUAACUUUACACAAUGUUCGAGGAAGAGCAGUGACAAGGAACCAUAACUCUAGGUGGUCACAUUUUUGAAUUAUCUUCCUUUUUUGAAAAACUUGUCCAGGAUAUAACUCAAAUACUAUGAAAGGUAUUGACUUGAUACUUUAUAUAUUGAUAGAGAUCAGUGAGAGGGAAUACAGUGUCAAGGAACCAUAACUCUAGGUGGUCCCAUUUUUGAGUUAUUUUCCUUGUUUUGAAAACCUUGUCAAAGGCAUAACUCGAAUACUAUGUUAGGUAUUGGCUUGAUACUUUAUAUAUUGUCAGAGCUCAAUGAGAAGGAGUGUAAUGACAAGGAACCAUAACUUUGGGUGGUACAAUCUUUGAAUUAUCUCCCUUUUUAGCUAAAAGCUUUUGUGAUCGCAUUUUGUCCGUCGUCCGUCCGUUAACAAUUUCUUGUGAACACGAUAGAGACCACAUUUUGCAAUCAAUUUAAUCAAACUUGCACACAACUUUUAUUGGCAUAAUAUCUUAGUGCUUUUCAAAAACUAGCCAGAUUCCAUCAUAGGUUCCAGAGUUAUGGCCCUUAAAGAACCAAAAUUUGAUAUUUUGGCUUGUUAACAUGAAAGAGACCACAUUUUGCAAUGGAUUUUAAUAAAACUAACUUACACACAACUUGUAUUGGCAUAAUAUCUCGGUUCUGUUCGAAAACUGGCCAGAUCCCUUCAUGUGUUCCAGAGUUAUGGACCCUACAAAGGGCCAAAAUUUGCUAUUUUGGCUUUUGGAAUAAUAUAGAUACUUCAUUUAUGGUUUGAUUUGAUAUAAACUUGCACAAUAUCUUUAGCAACAAUAUAUCUUAUCCAAUUAUAGGUUCUGGAGUUAAUGCCCCUGAUUGACUCGUGAAAGAGCCAAAAUUAGUUAAUUUUUACCUUGUGAACGCAGUAGAAGUGAAAUUUUACAUCCAAUUUUAACAAAACUUACACACAACUUAAGUCACAAUAAGAUCUCGGUUCCUUGCAAUAACCGGCUAGAUUCCAUCAUGGGUUCUAGAGUUACUGCCCCUGAAUGGGGCAAAAUUUUCUAUUUUUGCCCUUUCAGUCAUAUAGAGGUUUCAUUUAUGCUUUGAUUUGAUACAAGCUUGCACAGAAUGUUUAUCUUGAUGAUCUCUAGGCCCAUUUCGAAACUGAUUCAUGUGGGGUAAAAAACUAGGUCACAAGGUCAAUUCAAAGGAAAAGCUUGUUAACACUCUUGCGGCCACAUUUAUGUCCAUAUCUUCAUGAAACUUGGUCAAAAUGUUAUCUUGAUGAUUCCUAGGCCAGGUUUGAAACUGGGUUUUAUGGGGUCAAAACCUAGGUCACCCGCUCAAUUCAAAGGUAAAGCUUGUUAAUACUCUAUGGGCAAUAUUAAUGACUCUGUUUUCAUGCAACUUGGUAAGAAUGUUUAUCUUGAUGAUUCCCAUGCCAAGUUUGAAACUGGGUCAUGUGGGGUCAAAAACUAGGUCUCCACUCGAAUCAAAGAAAACGUUAUUAACACUGUAGAGGCCACAUUUAUGACCCUGUCUUCAUGAAACUUGGUCAGAAUGUUUAUCUUGACGAUGUAAAGGUCAAGUUUAACUGGUGAGCGAUAUAGGGUCAUCGUGACCCUCUUGUUUGAAAACUUUGUCAAGGGUAUAACUUUAAUACUUUGUAAGGCAUUGACUUUAUAUUUGACAUAUUGAUAGAAAUCAGUGACAUGGAGUGCAUUUACAUGGAAUCAUCUCUAGGUGGUCCCAUGUUUAGCUCACCAGGGCACAAAGUGCUCAAGGUGAGCUAUUACGACCGGUCAUUGUCCGGCGUCUGUCGUGCGCUGUCCGUCAACAUUUGCCUUGUUAACACUCAAGAGGCCACAUUUGUGAUCCAGUCUUUAUGAAACUUAGUCAAAAUGUUUGUAUAGAUGAUCUCUAGGUCAAGAUUGAAAUUGGGUCAUGUAGAGUCAAAAACUAGGUCAGUAGGCCUGAUCAAAGGAAAAUCUUGUUAACACUCUGUGAGUCCACAGUUUAAGU